CUGGCUCUAGUGCCUCUCAGUGUUGGCAUGGUGCUGCACGUGGUUCUUGUCAUUUUGAGCCUCUUGCCACUGCUGGAGGCCCAGAACCCAGAAGCUGCCAACAUCACAGGCACAGCUAUUACCAACGACACACUGAUCUGGCUCUCUGGCAAAUGGUUUUACAUAGGCUCCGCUCUACGCAACCCCGACUUCAAACAGGAGGCUCAAAAGAUACAGGCAGAAUAUUUUUACUUUACCCCCAACUUGACAGACGACACUCUCCUGCUCCAGGAGUACCAGACUACGGAGGACCAGUGCUUCUUUAACUCCAGCAAGCUGGAAGUCCAGAGAGAGAAUGGGACUCUCUCCAAAUUCGAGGGAGCAGAAGAACAUGUUGCCCACCUGAAAGUGUUCAUGAAACACAGGGGCUUCAUGCUUGCCUUUGACCCGGAAGACAAGAACAACUGGGGACUGUCCUUAUAUGCGAACAAGCCAGAUACUGCCCCAGAGCUUCUUGAGGAAUUCCUGAAAGCUGUCAAAAGUCUGGGCAUGGAUGAGUCAGAAAUCACAUAUACGGACUGGAAAAAGGAUAUGUGCAGUCAGCAGGAGAAGCAGCACGAGCCAGAGAGAAAGAAGACAGAGGAGGGUCCCUAGGAAGGCCAGGCGUGGGUGGGCUCAGCUCUCUGUGUUCUGUUUUCAUGCUCACCACGCCCACCCUGUGCAUCUUGGUCCUUUCUUCACACCAAUAAAGGCUUGGGAAAACAUUCAAUAA